GUUUGAGGCCAUAUUGUUGUUUUCUUUACUGGUGUUAACGAUUAAAAUCAGCUUGCAUCUGUGAUUGUUAAAUUCUAUUUCAAAUUUCACAAUGACUCACUUUUUAGGCAAAUUCCUUCUUUUACUCCUUUUAGUGAUGCCUGCCACGAUUUUACUCUGUGGACAUGGUAGAGGAAAUGGCAUGCUGGUGUCUGCUACAGAGGACCCAAUGGAGGGCGAGGAUGACGGAACAACGGUUGAGACGGACGAAGUGACGGAAACAACUGAACCUGAUGUCCCAGAGACUGAGGCAGAACCUGACACUGCUGUUACUGAAAAGGAAGGAGAGGAGGAAGAGCCACUGAAACCUUCUCCUGAUGCCGACACCACUCUCUUGUUCAUCAAUCACAACACCCUUUCUGGGGAAAAGAAGGAAAUUACAUCGGGAAAACUUGUGCGAUUGCUUGUUGGAUUCACCAACAAAGGGGAGAAAGACUUCAUUGUCCAAAGUUUGGAUGCAUCAUUCAGAUACCCACAGGAUUUCUCAUUCUAUGUGCAAAAUUUCUCUACAGUGGAGCUGUCUCAGACGAUUGAACCGAAAAAGCAAGCCACAUUUGAAUACGUGUUCAGUGUUAACGAAGCAUUCAAUGCCCGGCCAUUUGGACUGAUCAUCAACCUCUACUACAAAGAUUCUGAUAGUACGAUUUUCCAGACUGCCGUGUACAAUGAGACUGUCAUGGUUGUAGAACCUGAUGAAGGUUUGGAUGGCGAAACAUUCUUCCUGUACCUGUUUAUGGCAGCAGUCGGUGUCCUUUUAUUGUUUGGAGCCCAUCAGAUGGUCACGGUUUUAGGGAAAAAAAAGCGUCUGCUAAAGCCAAAAAAAGUUGUCGAGAUGGGCACUCAGAAUUCACAUGUAGACUACGAGUGGAUCCCAAAGGAAACACUCCAGGGGAUCAAUCGGUCCCCAAGACGUACCCCAAAGCAGUCACCUCGGCAAAGAAGAAACAAAAGAUCAUCGGGCUCUGGCGAAGAGUGACCGAUUGGCACAAGGAGUUUGCUGUCAAACUUCUGUCAACAGUUACAAUUAAAUAUUUUAUUUCUCCUCAACUUAUAACAAUUUUUCAUAAUAAAAUAUACACACCACGCAAAAAACGACGCUGGAUCUUGGAAUAAUGUUUUAAAUAAUAUUAUUUUUAAAUUGAACAGCUAUCUGUGAAGUUUUUGAGAUCUUAAAGUUAGCAUGUGUGAUUAUGGUACAAAUACAUUGUGCUGCUUCUGAUGAUUUUAAAAGGUGGUAAAAUUGUCAUAACACAUGGCCUGGGUUUGAAAUGUGAUCAUAAAUUUAUUCUCAUGCAAAACUGAUAUAGUGACUUUAAGUAAUCACAAAUAAGCAAGGUGAAUUUCUUUUAAGAGUUUUAAGUUUAGUCUGAUACAAAGUAUAUAUAAAUGUAUUACUGGCUAAUAAAACGCACCAGCAAAAAAUGUUGACAAGCAUUUGCAAGUUUGUCAUUGAACACCAUUUUAUAGCCUAUGCAAAAAUGUGAACUUAAAUGACUGAUAAAUGUUAUUCUCAAAAACUGAAUAUGCAUGCGGAAUAUACUGAAUGUCGGAACAUUAACAACAAAUAACUGAAUUUUAUUUUUGACAAUUCUGUUGCAAGUGGAAGUCCGGUUGAAUAAACUCUUCGAUAAACAAUUAUCA